GCCCCGCCGCCGCCCCGCGCCCGGCCCCGGGCCGGCCCCGCCGCCAUGGCCAGUGACAGCGGCGGGCCCGGAGGGCCGAGCGCGAGCGAGCGAGACCGGCAGUACUGCGAGCUGUGCGGGAAGAUGGAGAACCUGCUGCGCUGCGGCCGCUGCCGCAGCUCCUUUUACUGCUGCAAGGAGCACCAGCGCCAGGACUGGAAGAAGCACAAGCUCGUGUGCCAGGGCGGCGACCCCAUCGGCCCCGCUGCUGCCCCGCGCGCGCAGCCCGGCCCCGCGCCGCCCGCCGCCGCGCCUCCGACGCGGGCCGGGGCCGCCGCCGGGAACGCCGGGGCGCGGGCCGGGAAGGCGGCGGGGCAGCGCCGGUGCAGCGCCGAGGCCGCGCGCGCGCCGGCCCCCGGGGACGCGGCCCAGGCCCGGGGCCCCCGCGGCGCGGCUGAGCGUGGCCAGGAGGAGCCGCCCGCUCGGCGGUCGCCGUGUCCUGAGCGGGCCAGCCUGUGCCCAGCGGGCAGCUCGCCCGGAGAGGCGCUGAGCCCCGGCGGCGGCCUGCGGCCCAACGGGCAGACCAAGCCGCUGCCCGCGCUGAAGCUGGCGCUGGAGUACAUCGUGCCGUGCAUGAACAAGCACGGCAUCUGCGUGGUGGACGACUUCCUGGGCAGGGAGACUGGGCAGCUGAUAGGCGACGAGGUGCGCGCACUGCACGACACCGGCAAGUUCACGGACGGGCAGCUGGUCAGCCAGAAGAGCGACUCGUCCAAGGACAUCCGGGGUGACAAAAUCACCUGAAUCGAGGGCAAGGAGGCCGGCUGCGAGACCAUCGGGCUGCUCAUGAGCAGCAUGGACGACCUGAUCCGCCACUGCAACGGCAAGCUGGGCAACUACAAGAUCAAUGGCCGGACGAAAGCCAUGGUUGCUUGUUACCCCGGCAACGGGACAGGUUACGUGCGGCACGUUGAUAACCCAAACGGAGAUGGAAGAUGUGUGACGUGCAUAUACUAUCUGAAUAAAGACUGGGACGCCAAGGUAAGUGGAGGGAUACUUCGAAUUUUCCCAGAAGGCAAAGCCCAGUUUGCUGACAUUGAACCCAAAUUUGAUAGACUGCUGUUUUUCUGGUCUGACCGUCGUAACCCUCAUGAAGUACAACCAGCAUAUGCUACAAGGUACGCAAUAACUGUUUGGUAUUUUGAUGCAGAUGAGCGAGCUCGAGCUAAAGUAAAAUAUCUAACAGGUGAAAAGGGCGUGCGGGUUGAGCUCAACAAGCCCUCCGACCCCGUAGGCAAGGAUGUCUAGGCCGCCCUUGACCAGCAGCACCCUUGUCACCACGCGGCUUUGAUGAGUGGAAGGGGAGGACCGCAGACAAGCAGCGGACCGCCUGAGGACAAGCAGCUCCCCUGAGCUUCGUGGGGCAGGAGCCUUUGCUGAUCUGAACUCACGCCUGCGGCUGCCGCCAUAGGGAGCACUCCAAGACUGUCGCUUCCCCACCUGACGUGAACAAGUGCCCUACGUGGAAUUUUCAUUCUUGUAUUUUGCCAGAUCUAUCAUCUAGCUGAGUUCAUUUCAUCUUUCUCUUUUUUAUAUCAAGUUUGAUUUUGGGGUAAUUUUUGUAUGAUUAGGUACAAUUUAUCAAAACUGAAAUGAGAAAAAAAUUACAGUAUUAUUCCUCAAAAUAACAUCAAUCUAUUUUUGUAAACCUCUUCGUACUAUUAAAUUUUGCCCUAAAAGGCCUCUCACGAUAA